AUGGCGGCCUGUGGUACCUCAGCCAGGCCGGGGGGGCGGGAAAUCACCUCAGCCGGGACCCUGCACGAGGAAAGCGGGGGGGGAGAAGGGGGUGCCGGCACCUCAGCCGGGACCCUGCACGAGGAAAGCGGGGGGGGAGAAGGGGGUGCCGGCACCUCAGCCGGGACCCUGCACGAGGAAAGCGGGGGGGGAGAAGGGGGUGCCGGCACCUCAGCCGGGACCCUGCACGAGGAAAGCGGGGGGGGAGAAGGGGGUGCCGGCACCUCAGCCGGGACCCUGCACGAGGAAAGCGGGGGGGGAGAAGGGGGUGCCGGCACCUCAGCCGGGACCCUGCACGAGGAAAGCGGGGGGGGAGAAGGGGGUGCCGGCACCUCAGCCGGGACCCUGCACGAGGAAAGGGGGGGGGAGCAGGGGGUGCCAGCACCUCAGCCGGGACCCCGGCCCGGGCCCCCCCUGGUCAGGGGGACAGGCAGGGCCGUGGGCGGGCAGGGACACGGCGAAGGUCGCCGCCCUGAGGCGAGCGGUGGCGGGCGGGACCCGGCCGGCGGAGGCGCUGGCCGGCGGGCAGGGCCGGCGCGGCCGCUCCCGUCCGUAGAUCCUUGA